UUUACGCACACCUGGAUUCCGGAAGCGCUCUCACGUCAGAGGGAGAGGCUGUCAUUGUUCAGAGGAAUGGCGUAGGAAUUAACGCAGGAAUCCUGCCCGACUUGAUCGAUAAACAUGAGUAUUUUGCCAAACGAGGGGGCUUUUGAGGACUUCAAGAGGCAAUGUUUGGCCUCCGAGAACUGGCUGAAUAAAUAUGACAAUGGUGGAAAGCAAGUUUGGAUCGAAGUUCUUCCAGACAGGGGGAUCAACUCACCCAAAGUCCAUAAGAUCAAGUGCAGAAUGAGCAUCGGAGAUGUGCCGGCUGCCACCAUGUACGACGUUAUUCAUGACGGCCAGUACCGUAAGGAAUGGGACACCAACAUGAUGGAGAGUUACGACAUCGCCCGGCUCUCUGACAAUGCGGAUGUGGGCUACUACUCAUGGCGCUGUCCAAAGCCGAUAAAGAACAGAGACGUAGUGAGUCUGCGUUCAUGGCAGGUGAAGGGGGAUGAGUACAUUGUCAUAAACUUCUCUGUCAAACACCCGGACUUCCCGAUAAAAAACAAAAUUGUAAGAGCAGUGUCAAUCCUGACUGGGUAUUACAUCAAAGCUACAGGACCAAACAGCUGUAUUUUCAUUUAUCUUUCACAAGUUGACCCUAAAGGUUCUCUUCCAAAAUGGGUGGUGAACAAAGCAUCCCAAGUCCUCGCUCCUCGGGUGUUGAGUAGCGUCCACCAGGCGGGAAAGAACUACCCAGCAUGGAAAAAGAAGAACUCUCCUGACGUGAAGGCCUGGCUCAACCCGAAGCAGAACCAGCUCCCCUACAUAGACCCUGCCUUGCUGUCCAUACAGAGAGCGGACUCUCUCGAAAACGUGGAUGAAAGCUCCAAACUGGACGACCAGGACGCUGAAGACAGCAGCUAAAAGUCGCACAAGUAAAAAAGGAAAGGUGGCCGAAAAGAGAGAUUGGGGGUGAACUGUAUAUUGUGGUUUUUUUUUGUUUUGUUUUUUUUUAAGAGAGACUUUAAGACUCCCAGCUUUCUGCGAUGUCACCUAAAUCCUUCAGUUUUCUAUCAGUGUGCCUUAUAGGAGUAUGAAGUGUUUACAAACGUCUUAAUGCAGAAAAGAGCUCAGAUCAAGGUACCAUUCACCUCUUUGAAUCUCAGCUUGUGUACAGGAACAGAGGUGGUGGAUAUUUUUAAAGUACAACACAACGAGUCAUUGGCCAGGGUAUUUAUUUUCUACCUAUGAAAAAAAUCACAAAGCUUAAUGUGAAAGGAAAUGGAGUACGAGUGUUAAAUAUUGGCAUAUUUUCUCAGUCUUAAUUCCUAAAAUGCUGUUUUCUGUUAGAACCUGAGACUUCCUUUAUUUUCUAAACUCAUGCAUAUGGCCAGUUAAAAUGAAACGACGCAGGUUUCAGUAUGUUGACAGAAAUUUGGCAGUUUUUCAGGAAAAUACUAUGUGCCAGUUAAUUAUUGAUGGUUAGAUUUGUCCCUUUCAAUGUGUAAUGAAGAAGUUGUGCAAUCAAAUGAAGUUCAAUGGAGUAACAUGCCAAAGUCAUUGCCUCAAAGAGAAACUUUGAUGUAAAUAGCAAUGUUGGUUAACCAUUUGAAUAUGGUUGAAACCAUGAUUGGAAUGUUGUUCUAUUUAUUUAUUACACUAAACUGAUGAAGCCACGAUUGUAAUGAUCCCUGUUUGGCUGAAGUUUUUUUGUUUUAUGUUCUCAGAAUAUUUCAGGUUGACUUUUUAAAAAUAAAGCUAACAAAGCUCGACAUACCACAGCGAUCGCUACUA